AUGCUGCCUAUCGAGAAGAAGACAAAGGUGGAUAAGGUGCCUAAAACUAAUGUGUCUGCUCCUGUUCCCCUAAAGCAUGUCCCACAUCCAGUUCCCAAGGUUGCUUCUCUGGACCAUCUCAAACAACAAAUCUUUGAACAGGAUGGACCAUUGAGGUCUUUGACUCCUAAUACAAUGGGCCAAGUGCAAAGACAUAUGGUAAGAAGACCAUCAUUUGGAACAAUUGUUACCACCAGGGAAAAGCAUUACAAUUUGGAUUAUCCAGAAGAUCCCGAGGAAUUGACUAAAUUACAACUUGAUCCUGCAUCAAGGUUUUAUGCCCGAUCCAAACCAAGAACUUUGAAUUUACCCAGCUUGUUACCAUAUAAAAUUGAAAGUCCACAAGACCAAGCUAAGUUUUUAAGUCACAUUGUGUCUCAUCUUUAUAUUGCAAUCAAAACAUUAGAUAUUCAAGGCUCACUUAGUGUUAGUGCCAAAGACUUGGCUGCCUUAAAAGACGUUAUUUCGGAUGUUGAUUUGGCUUUGGAAACAAACUUAUUUGAGAUGAACAAUGAACCAAGUUGCGAUGAAGGCAACGACGAAAGUAUUUCUGAUGAUUUUGAAAUUUCUGAUGACGAAGAGGAGGAAGAAGAAGAGGAAGAGGAAGAAGAGGACGAAGAAGAUCAAGGAGACAGAGAUGCUACUACUCAACAUAAGAAAUCGCCAAAGUCAGCUGCAGUUGUUGGUGUGAAGACUUGGUCACACGAAUUAAUGGUGUGGCUCAAAAUGAAAUACGAUAUGCCCAUUACAUUGAGAGUAAACUUGGCUAGAGUAUAUUAUGCAAUUUGUCUUUGCCGUGGUCAACAUGUGAAUUUGAAAACUUACAUUAGAAUUUUCGAGUUGUUGACAAAGGAUCAAUUGUUGUUGUACAGCCAUGGUUUGAGAUUACCAUGGGAAGAUUUGUGCCGAGAGUUAGAACUACAUUUUGCUGCCAUUGAUGUAGGGUUAACCAUAUUUGAAAAGAAAGAUCACAAGCAAUUGAUUAAACUUGCCAGCAGAGCCAACUAUUUCUUUGAGAGGGAUUGUUUACCAAAGAUUUACGAAAGAAUCGGCUCAUAUUUUGCUGUCAAUAGCUCUGCCUUGGUGAUGUCAUCUUUGUCACUUUUCCCUACGGUUUUCACACCUAAGGGUGUGGAGGAUGAAAAUGAUAUUCGUCAUUACAUCCAGUCGUUUUUCUAUAUGUGGGAAAAAUUGAAUAAAACCAAUGGAUUUGAUGUACAAAUAAGCUCUAGGUUAGGUAUUAUUGCCAUGUCUACUUUGUCAACAAUUAAUGACGAUAUCGAAACCAGAAAGUUUUUGAAGUUAGGGAAGUUUGGGAUUUUUACGGCAGAUCAGAUGCAGUAUAUGAUGAAUACAUUAAUCAAUAGUUUGAGUAUUAUGAUGGACAAAUAUUCUUCGAUGAAGUUGAAGUAUUUCCACGGAUUUGCCUCAACAAUUGUUUUCUCAAUGAUUGGAGACUCGGCUUUAGCCGAAGGAGGGAUUUUAAACCACUUGCGCACACUAGUUAAUGCAAUUGAAAGUUACAUUCAUCCGUCCAAUACUGGCGAUUGGACGAAACCAAUUUCAAAAAUGAUUUUGGCAUUGAUAUAUCAAUUUCAUAAAAGAUAUAAUUCAGAAGUGGAAAGUCGUGGCUUCUAUAAUAAUAUCCCAGAAGAAUUUAAACUCUCAAGAAACGUUGUCAAGGAAUUUGUUUCCAUAUUAUUGCCGAUUGUCAAAAUAGGCAUUCAGUCCAAGAAAGAAAAGGUUGGAAGCGAUUACAUAUCUGCUUUGCAGCUUUUAGCUUUCUUAGAGCCAGAGUAUGUUCUUGAGAAUACACUUUUAGAUAUCUAUGAGUCUAUGGAAGGGGUAAUAUCUACUCAUAGAGUGUCUACAGCCCUUAGCACCAUUGAAACAUUGUCGAGAUUUAUUGUAUCUACGCCGGUAUAUAGAGUUCAUGCUACGAGAAUAUUGCUGUUGGCUUUGCCUGGAAUCGACUCAAAUGAUUUAGAAAAAACAAUGCAAAGUUUAGAGGUAUUCACAUCUAUCGCCAACUAUGCACCCUUUUAUGACUUGACUAAUGGGGAAGGGGAUUCUAUGUUGGCAUUGGAAUUUACUCAAGGGCAUAUUGAUUAUUUGAAGAGAAAGAUUUACGAUGGUAACAUUGAAAGUUUCCAAGUCGAUGCCGAUUUAGAAGUUCAAGCAUUGAAAUCAUCAACAAGUGCAUUUAAGGAUUUGAUCAAGAGUUUAACCCAGCGAUUGACCUUGCUUUUGGAGAAUCUACCAGAUCCAGAAAUAAGCGUAGGUUUGGAGAGCGGUCUUGCAGUUUCAUUACCAAAGUUUUUAUACAUUAUAUUUGAAUCAAUUUCAGAUGACUUGUUCAAGCAUUUCCGGAGCGACUUUUUUGAGUUUGUGUUCAAUAAUACAUAUCAUACAAUAGCUACUACAGUAUCGGAAAUUUGUGGUGGUAUAAUCAAACGUGAUCCAAAAGCUUUCAAAAAGAAUGCUCGCAUUCUCAUUGAGAAAAUUAAGGAUGAAAUUCAUGAAAACGAAGCAGGAGGUUACAAAGGUGGCGUUGAUAUUGUUCCACGUGAUCAGGCACUAUUCUGGUAUUUAACGAUCUUGAACGAGAUGAUUGGGAAUGCCGGAAACCAAAUUAUUGACAUGUCAUCAGAGGUCUAUGAGUUAUCAUUCUUUUUAAUGGAAAAGGUCAAGAGUCCUGUGGUUUUCCCCUCUGCUUAUCUUGUAAACCAAGUUUUGCAGACUGUCACAAAAAUCAAAGUGAAUGAAUGCAGGUUAAUUUCUCCAGCCUAUGAACAAGAGUACGGUAUUGAUGAGAAAUGUUGGGGAGGGUUUUGGAACCAAAGCAUUAGAUUUUCGAAAGAAAAUAUCACUUUUGAUUGGUUCAUUCCUUCAGAACAAGAUGUUACCUUUGCAGUUGAUUUUUUCAAUGCUCAUGUUUCCAAAAGUUUAGAGAAUUCCAUGAGAUUGAUACAUGAAUAUGAAAAGGAAAAAAAUUCAAUUUUAAAGUCAUCCUCAGGGGUUGUGGAUGAUAUCAGACUGAUGCUUUUGUAUUUGGCUUAUUCAUUGAGUGGUGUCUCAUUUUUAUUGGAUCCAUCAUUUGAGGAAAAUAUUCCAAAAAUAAACCAUGACGGUGAAUCCAUUCAGCAAAGAUUAUUGCUUUUGAAGCAAAUUAGAGAAUUGGCUCGAGUGUCAAACCAGAGAGAAGAUUCCAUUGAUGAGGGAACUCCAGAAUAUAUGGAAAAAAUUAUAAAUGACUUGACCAAUGAGGAUUUCGACAUCCUUUCUGAAUUUGAACAAGGUGAUAAUGACUUAAGAGACAGCAAAAAACAGGAAGAAGAGAACAGAGGUAGAGAAAAAGACGAUGAGAGUAUUAUUUCGAAGCCCGCUUCACCAAGCCAAACCCCCAUGGCUAGAUUUGAAGCCAAGUCAUUUCCAUUAAGCAGAUCUGAAUCAGUUGCUCCCGCAUAUGAUGAAUCUGGAAGAGCAACACCACAAAUCAAUGGUGUCCAUAUGUCAAGUAUGAACCCUGCAAUAACUUUCAGAGAGAAGAGUUUGUACACAUCAAACUAUUUUUUUGGUACAGGUCUGGAAAAUAGGAAAUUUGCUGAUUUAUAUUCCAAAGUCCACAAAACAAGAGAAUUGAUCGGGAAGAGUUUACACGUCAUAUACAAAUUCUUAAUGGAGAACUUCCCCGAUAAUACCAAAAUUUUCAAAGACUUUUUGUUUGUUAUUGGCAUUUGGUUUUCAGAUAUGGGCCGUGAAAGAGCACUUGAUGCAAGUCAUGCAAAGAUAAAUUAUGGAUAUGUUAGUUAUCUUCAAACUAUCAAUAGAGUUAGAAAACCAUUUACCAGAAUUGCCAUUGGAGCUAGAUUGGAGUUGUACCAUCUGUUUAGAGUUGCAUUGCAUGCAACCUCACGCACUGAAACAAGCUUAGAUAAGCUCUUAUUGGAAGACGUGGUGAAACUUUCUGUGUCUACCUAUUCUAACAUAUCUGCUAAUGCUCAAAGUAUAUUGGUUGAUGCAAUGAAAAGAUUAAAUGGCUCUUAUAGUCUUAUUAUUAAGUCGGCAUUCAAGCACUUGGCCAAAGCAUUAGAAAUGGACGAUCACCAGAGAAUAGAGAGCGGGUUAAGCAUCUUUGCCAUCAAGAAGAUUAGAGCCAGAUUGCAAACUGAUUUCUAUAAUAUAUACAGGUAUGUGGAUUUGUUGUACCGUUGCUUGAAUGUUGACAACCAAAACGUUUACAGUUCUGCGUACGUCUUGUACUCCAAUGUACGCAAAGGAUUGACACCACCAAGCAGUGUUUGUUUACUUAAUGAAAGUGCAAUUGAUUCUAUUAGACCACCUGACCAGUUUAUUGACUUGGAGAUAAAAGCUGUAAAAUUGGCCAAGGAAAACAAGAGAAAGAUUUACUUUGAAAAACUUGAAAAAUUGCAAGAGAAAAUAUUGGCAGACGAAAGCACUAAUGGACACUGGAAGAUCACUGUACUGAGCUUGGAGUUGUUGCUGAACUUGCAGUCAUAUUUGGAAAUACCGACGAGAUUAGACAUUUUACUUUUAUUCCACAAAGAGGCAGCACUGGAUCAUCCUUUAAUUUCAAGAAAAGCUUUACAAGGUAUUAGUGGAGUUGUCAACAAGCUUUGUACCUUGACCAAAUAUAACUACGACAUCAAACUGAUGUACGAUUUGAACUUUGUUUCUCCUCAUUUAACAAUCGUGGACACCAGACCUGACCAUGGAGUUUCCUAUAAGGCAAAGUGGCAAGAAGAAUUACAAAAUACAGAGUAUCCAAAUUAUUACAUUGAUUACAAGCCAAGUGUAGGUUGGUUAUUCUGGAAGGACUCUCUUUUAGCAGUGAAUCCUGCACCAUUCUACAAACUUGAUUUGAAUCCUUCAGAUUUAGAGACAUUGAAAACAUUUUCAGAAUUUAUUAGCAAAGACUGGGUUUUAAAAAUAGUGAAGUUAUGGGUGACUGACGCGGAGGUUAAUUCAUCUUUUCAAGUAAUGGACGUGUUUGUUAUUGCGGCAUUGGUGGUUUUAGUUUCUAAUGCCUACACCAAGAAUUUUUCAUUCCAUGAUUUAGUAAGUAUUAUUGAUGAGAUUUAUGUCCCAGAUGAAAAAAGUGCCCACAUAAUCACUGCUCAAUUAAUCAUAGGUAUUUUAUUUGGGUCGAAGACAAUGUCACCGGAAUUUUGGGAAGAAAGAGAUGAAUAUGUCAGCAAGUACUUGAAGAGAAUUUUGAAUGAAGAUUUAUCUCCUGAUAAUCAAGGUAUUUGGCAUGUUUUUUCAGCUUUUCUUCCGGGGCAUACCGAUGUUAGAAGAUUCCCCAAAGUGAUAGAUGUGAUUCUCAAUUUCCAGUUAGACCCUAAUUCAGACACCGCUUUCAAAGAUUCUACUAGAAUUGCAUAUAUGAGAGGAGUCAUCGGUUCGAUUUCGUGGCGUCUUGGAAAUUCAGAUAAAGUUUUAGAGUUUUGUAUGAAAAAUAUCAACAACAGGUAUGCCGCAGUGAGAUCACAAAUUGGUAAUUUGAUGGCAGUAUUGUCAUUCAAUUAUUAUGUCGAAUCAAUAUCCGAUAGUAAGACAUUUAUUCAGAACUGUAACAGGAAAGAAGGUUUAAUGUUGUAUGAUGGACGUGAUAAGUGCAAGAUUGUUACAAUAAUACCUGAGUUAUUUGCCCAAAUUGAGCAUUGGAGAAAAGAAUGUCAGCAUUUGACUCCGCAAGAAAUACUCAAGACAAAUUACAUAUACACAGCCACGACCGUCUUGAUAUGGAUAAGACAAGAGUUGAAUACUAAUUUGUCCAUAAUGUUUGAAUUUUAUGUGUGCCUGCACAUUAUUCCUUUUUUGCUUGAAUUGAUAUAUUUGAGAGAGGUGUGCCAGUUGGGAAACAUUGACCCAAUUACGGUUUUGAAAAAAGUGUCGCAAAUCCCCUAUACCACUGAUUAUUUAGAGAACGUAAUCAGCAUGUUGGAGCAUUUCGCUGAAAAGGAGUUAAACCUUGUCCAAACUUUAGUAAUGGGAGAAUUUACAGAGACUGUGUAUUUCAAAAACUUAUUCAAGUUGACUAGAAACCAAAGAGAGCGUGUUUUCAAUUUAUCCAAUAAAUUGCUCAAGAAUAAGCACGCAGAAAUAAGAGAGUCAGCUGCUGAGACAUUAUCAGGCUUGAUUCAUAUAUCACCAGUAGAAGAAGUAGAAGGGUUGGUUGAAAAGUAUAGUGACCUUUAUUCUAAAGAAUUAGAUAAAGUGAGAAGGAAAUACCGAAAAACUGGUUAUAAGAAUAUGGAAAAUGAUGAUAUCAUAAAAUUGCAUGGUGCCACUUUAGGUUUAGGUGCAUUAGUACAUGCAUUUGCGUUUUCCUCACCACCACCAAAAUGGGUUCCUAAAAUAUUAACUACAUUGGCAAACAAGUCAACCGGUAUACCGGGAAUUGUUGGUAAGACUGCAAAAGAGUCCUUAGGGAAAUUCAAAAAGAACAGACAAGACAGCUGGCACAUUGACAGCAAAGUAUUUACCGAAGAACAAAUACAAGAUCUUGAAGGUGUUCUUUGGAAGAGUUAUUUUAUAUAG